GGAUACUCGGAACAGGGGAGGAGGCCCGUGUUUCGGGAGCUGGUGGUCCCAUGGUGGUGUGAGGCCCAGUGGAGAGCAUAGUGUGAGGAAUCUGGGAGUGGCAUGGCAGGACGGCCCCAUCCUUAUGACAGUAACUCCAGUGAUACAGAGAACUGGGAUCGAAAAUUGUAUAAUAGACCCCGUAAGCUCUAUAAGCAUUCCAGUACUCCGUCGCGAGGUGCUAAAGUAGCAGCAGGUAACACCAGAAUGAGUCUCCAUGGUGCAAGUGGUGGACACGAGCGUUCACGAGACAGGCGCCGCUCAAGCGACAGGUCCAGGGAUUCGUCACAUGAAAGAGGCGAAAGUCAGCUCACUCCCUGCAUCCGAAAUGUAACAUCACCCACGAGACAGCAUCAAAGUGAUCGAGAGAAGGAGUACAGUUCAUCCCGGCCAAGCAGUCCCCGGCCACAGAAAACUUCCCCGAAUGGUUCCAGUAGUAGCAGGAACAGUAGCCAGUCCAGUUCAGAUGGCAUGUGUAAGGCUGCUGGGGAGAUGGUGUUUGUUUACGAGAAUGUGAAGGAAGGAGCUCGGAAUAUGCGCACGUCUGAACGGGUCACACUAAUAGUGGACAAUACCAGAUUUGUUGUAGAUCCAUCUAUAUUCACUGCACAGCCAAACACAAUGUUGGGCAGGAUGUUUGGAUCAGGCAGAGAACAUAAUUUCACACGUCCCAAUGACAAGGGGGAAUAUGAGGUGGCAGAAGGAAUCAGUUCUACAGUAUUUCGGGCAAUUUUGGAUUACUACAAGACUGGAAUAAUCCGUUGCCCUGAUGGAAUAUCAAUUCCUGAGCUAAGGGAGGCUUGUGACUAUCUGUGUAUCUCAUUUGACUAUAGCACUAUCAAAUGCAGAGACCUCAGUGCCCUUAUGCAUGAAUUAUCAAACGAUGGAGCCCGUCAGCAAUUUGAGUUUUACCUAGAGGAGAUGAUCCUCCCCUUGAUGGUAGCCAGCGCUCAGAGCGGGGAACGUGAAUGCCAUAUUGUUGUUCUAACUGAUGACGAUGUUGUCGAUUGGGAUGAAGAGUACCCACCACAGAUGGGUGAAGAAUAUUCACAAAUUAUUUACAGCACCAAAUUGUACAGAUUUUUCAAGUACAUAGAAAACAGGGAUGUAGCAAAAUCCGUUCUGAAGGAGAGAGGUCUGAAAAAGAUUCGGCUAGGUAUUGAAGGUUACCCAACUUACAAGGAGAAGGUGAAGAAGAGACCAGGGGGGAGGCCUGAAGUCAUAUACAACUACGUGCAGAGACCCUUCAUCAGGAUGUCGUGGGAGAAAGAGGAAGGCAAGAGCCGCCAUGUGGACUUUCAGUGCGUCAAGAGCAAGUCGAUCACUAACCUCGCUGCUGCCGCUGCAGACAUCCCCCAGGACCAGCUUGUAGCCAUGCACCCAACCCACCAGGUGGAUGAGCUUGACAUUUUACCCAAUCAGCCCCCACCUUGCAACAACGACAUGGACCCUGACGGCCCCAACUCCACUUCCUAACUGCGACUCUUUCCAACGGGGAAACAGAUAUGGCGGAAGGCCUUGUAAGGUCCAAGUCCUUUAAAAAUCCGAUCCGUGGCAGUUUGCAAUCGCAGGAGACAAGUGGUUACCAGGUGAAGAUGGCCGCAACCCGUGGUCAAUGCAGGCAGCACAGCUCACAGUUUUCCUACAAUCAUUACGACUACUCUUUGCAAAGGGAGUGCAACCCCUAAUCCAGUCUAAUCGCACAACAGCAGCGUCUCGUGUUUGUACAACGUCUUGGUUUUGCCGUGUGGACUUUUUUUUAUUAUUAUUAUUAUUUUUAAGACCAAAGGAACACAUGGAAAACUAUUCUUCUGUUCCCUUUGUUCAAACGUAUUGAUUAUUUUUAGUGGUUU